AUGGGAAUAUUAUCCAACAAAAUCUCAAGAGAUGAUCUGAAGCAAGGAGAUCACAUAUACUCAUGGCGCUCAGCUUAUAUCUACGCCCAUCAUGGGAUCUAUGUAGGUGCUGGGCAAGUCAUCCAUUUCACUCGUGGAGGUGGUCUAGAGAUGGGAACUGGGACUUUUCUGGACAAGAUCAUCGUUAGUUCAGUUCCGAAUCAUGGAGGAGACAACCCGUGUCCUAACUGUGGAGAUCAAUCAAGUCUCCACGGUGUGCUAUGUUCUUGUCUUGAUUGCUUUCUCGCCGGAGGAAAUCUCAAUCUCUUCGAGUACGGUGUCUCAAAGGCUAUCUUUCUCGCCAAGCAACGAGGCGGUACCUGCACAACAGCACCUUCAGGUACUUCUGAUGAAGUCAUUCACCGUGCGAGCUUCCUCUUAACCAGCAAAAACGGGUUUGGUCUCUACGAUCUCUUAGAGAACAAUUGUGAAGAUUUUGCCAUUUAUUGCAAAACUGGUUUGCUUGUGUUACAAGUCACCAAGCUGGGAAGUAGUGGCCAAGCGAAUUCGUUGUGUGCAGCAGGUGGUGUUUUUUCUUUUACGCUCAAGUUCUUAAGGACUGGAAAGAGUGGUCAAGCCGCUUCGACAACGGCGUCUCGAGCUUCGAUGGUCUCUGCUGCAAGCAAGACUCUUUCUUUUACACUUGGAUUUGUAGUUCCCGGUUUUGGUGCAACGGCUUUGGCGGGAUAUGGUGUAUACUCUAUUGGUCGUCUGUUUAACGACAUUGGUAUGAGAAGUGAUGUUCACAAGGUUCCUGUGGAAGAUAUCCAUCUAACUGUAGCAUCCACGUGUAAAACUGCUUAG